AUGUCGAAUCCUAACCUGCGCAUUGCCGUCAUCGGCUCCGGGACCAUUGGCCUGUCCUUCGCCGCGCUGCAUCUGUCGCAUCCAAGCAACAAUCGUCCUGGGAGAACGGUUCAGGUCGUAAUCUAUGACCCUCGUCCAGACCUGAAGGAGUAUAUUGAGACAACUUUGCCUGGGUAUUUGGAUUCAGACAAUGCAGAGGAACGGGGUGCUUCCGGAAUGACGGUUUCAUCAUUGCUGUCGACCAACCGUCUUAUCAUUGCAUCGUCGCUCUCAUCUGCGGUAGAAUCUGCAGACAUCGUUCAAGAGCAAGGCCCCGAGAAUGUCUCCUUUAAGCAGAAUCUGUGGCCGCAGAUUGAGUCUUCCGCGCCGGAGAGGGCCCUUUUCUGGUCGAGCACGUCAGGGAUCCCGGCGUCAGUGCAAGGGAAGAAUAUGCGAGACCCGUCCCGACUGUUGGUCGUGCAUCCGUUCAAUCCACCACAUAUCAUGCCGCUGUUGGAGAUCGUGCCGCCUGGAGGGAAAAAUGCGGAUUCCUCCUCCGUCUCCGCACAUGUGGCGCGGACAAUCGAGUAUUGGAAGAGCCUGGGCCGGUCGCCUGUUGUGCUGAAAGAGGAAAUCACGGGCUUCGUGGCCAACAGGCUUUCAUUCGCGCUGUUCCGCGAAGCAGUCCAUCUCGUCAACACGGGUGUUGUCACUGCCGAGGAAGUCGAUCGCGUCGUGGAGGAGAGCAUGGGGCCCAGAUGGGCCGUGAAAGGGCCGUUUUGGAGCUAUCAUGCCGGCGGAGGCAAGGAGAAAGGGCUGCGAGGUUUUCUAGAAAAGAUCGGAGACACUGUGCAGGCGUGUUGGGAUGAUUCUGGCAGUCCCAAUCUGCGGAGAAAGCUGGAAGAAGAAUCCCCCUCGUCACAGGGUUGGGAGGACAGCCUGUGCGAGCAGGUGGAGCAGGCAUAUGGCCAGUUGGGCGAUAAGGACUUGAAAGACAGAGACCAGAAGACGAGGAAGGUGUUGGACAUUACAAGAAAGUAG